AUGGGCUUCUUCAACCACGACGACGAGGACGACCGUCGCGCCUACCAGCAGGUCCAGGAGGGCAACGAGGCUCACUUCAGCCACGAGCUCCUUGCCGGCGCUGCCUCCUUCUACGCCAUGAAGAAGUACCAGGACCACCAGGAGGAGAACGGCAAGCCCCAGUCCUGGGAGGUCGCCAAGGACCUCAUCGCUGGCUUCGCCGGUAUGGAGGCUACCAAGCUUGCCGAGACCAAGGGCGCCGACGAGGUCGACAAGUGGCGCGCAAAGCACGAGGCCGAGGAGAGGGCCAAGCACGCCCUGAGCCAGUCUGGCGAGUUCGGCAACCCCGGCUACCAGAGGCAGGAGUACAACCACGAGCAGCACGGUCCCGGUGCUCGCCGCGAGUUCGGUAACGGGUACGGCGGCCAGAACGGCUACGGUGGUCAGAACGGUUACGGUGGCCAGGGCUUCGGUGGUCCCGGAGGACCUGGCGGCCCCGGUGGUUUCGGCCAGCAGGGCGGUGGCUACGGCGGUGGUCGCUGGUAA